AUGAAAAUCAACGAAAAAACAAUGUUCACACAAAGUACCAUGUUUAAAGACAUGAAUUUAGAUGUCGGGAAAUUUGACAGCGAGUUUGUUGACGAAGUGGGACCCAUAGGGGGCGGAGGGUUUGGUAUUGUGACAAAAGCCCGGCACAUAUCUGAACAAAUAGACUAUGCCAUUAAAAAGAUCAAAAUAAGUGACUCGGAUCAGCUGAAUAAGAGGUUCCGUGAGAGAGAUAUGUGGCUAAAACUGGACUCCGAUUACUUCGUUAAGUACCGCAACUCAUGGCUAGAGAUGUGCGACGACAGGACCGAAGCCCAGUUCAAUCAAUACAAGCAAUUCAAUAUACAUGACGAUGAAACAGUGGCCGCGGAUGAGCUAGAUAACUCUGGCGACCCGAGCGAGGUCAAACUGCAGCCCCGACAGUACGCUAUACUGCACCUACAGAUGGAGUUGUGUUGGUUUACUCUCAGGGAGGCUAUGGAAAUGUGCGGUCAAUACCUGGGAAUUGAUGGUAAUCCGAACCAACCCCUGCCACCCAUUGGCUAUUUUAUAGCCAGCGAAAUGUUGCUGGAAAUAUUGACCAGCAUCAAUUAUUUGCACGAGUACGUGCACGAGGGCAAACCUUACCCGAUAUUGCACCGGGAUAUAAAUCCCAAUAAUAUACUUAUUAAGGCCGGCAGUGAUGGCAGAUUCAUCAAGGUGUCGGAUUUUGGCUGCGCUGUUGAGCAUGUAUUAAUGAAGUCCACCCAUUCGGCUAAUGUCGGUACAAUUAGGUACAUGGCACCUGAGAUUAAUCAAGGUAGAUACGAUACUAAAGCCGAUGUCUAUAGCAUCGGGGUCACUGUUCAGGAGAUGUUCAAUCUGGAUAUUAAUUCGAAAGUAGAGUUGACGGGAAGAUACAGGAAAUUGUCUGAACUGUCAGUUAAAUCAAUUGAUGGUAUGAGACAUCGGAGGCCCACAUGUGCCGACUGGUUGGCCGCUAAGAGUGAAUGGACUCUCGACUACGCGGAAGUGAUGGAUCAGAUUAAAGACACCAUUGAUUUGUCCAAACAUUAUGAUUAUAAUAAGGACUUUGUUUUGCUAUUUCUUCAGACAAACAAACAUGAUAAACCAGUUGUGCUCCAAACGGAAAAUGUGGUCGAAGUGCCAAUUAAUUUGGACCAUUUUACGCACCCAAAUCAUCUAGCUAAUUUAUUUGAGCUAGAUGAUCAAUGUUUGGGUGCGGGCGGGUUCGGGGUUGUCAUUAAAGGGCGUAAUAAAAUUGAUGAGAAAGAUUACGCCAUCAAAAUGAUAUUUAUACUUGAUGAUGACGAGAAUAGCCUCCGGACAGAAAUAUUAGCCAAAAUACGUGAGAUUAAGAUAUGGGCCAAACUGUCGAGCGAUCGGUACGUCCAGUACAGGAGCGCAUGGCUGGAGGGCCCGGACGACGAGUGCCGGCACCGGUUUGUCAACCACUGGUACGCGCAUAAAACAGGGUCCGGCAGUUUUGAUAAGACCCAGGUGGAAUUUAUGCGCAGCCUAUACCUACAGGCUAAACACUACCGAGUGCUGAACAUCCAGAUGGAUUUGUGCCAGACAUCCUUAACCAAGGUGUUGGCCAACACCCGGAGCCACUUUGACCGGCCGGACAAACAACUGUUACCCCCAUUGGGUUACUAUAUAGCCAGCGAAUUGAUGGCCGAAGUGUUGGACAUUAUACGUGACUUACACGAGAGGAAACCGCCAAUAAUUCACCGCGAUAUUAAGCCAGACAAUAUCCUAAUCGCCCAUGGUGGUGAUGGUGGCCGUGGGGACAGGUUUAUUAAGCUGUCGGACUUUGGCCUGUCUGUUGAGCACUCGUCUGAGUCUAAGUCACGUACACUUAAUGUGGGCACCGAGAAGUAUAUGGCACCGGAAUUACGUGUGGGUAAGCAACGUGGUAAUUAUGGGACCAGUGUUGACGUGUAUAGCAUUGGGGUUGUAAUGGAGGAUGUGUUUAAUUUUGAUGUUAACGGUAAAAAGUAUACUUUGGAUAAGAAAUACGAGAAUAUAUUUGAACUAACAUUGAGUUCACUAAACAAUGAAAGCCGUAAACGACAGAAAUGUGCUGAUAUAUUAGCCGCCAAAGACCAGUGGGCUCUCAAUUACCACGAUGUUAAAGACCUAAUUAAUAGAAAGGGUACUUUUGGUGAAGUAGUCAAAGCCAGACAUGGAGUGGACGAAAAAGUAUAUGCUGUCAAGAUUAUUGAAAUAACAGGAAAUGAAUGUCAAAUACGAGAAAAAUACGACAAACACAUACGCGAGGUAAAAGUGUGGGCCCGUCUCGACGCCGACCACUUUGUACAGUACCGGAGCUCAUGGUUGGAAUGUGGUGGACACGAGUCUACCUCCCGGUGUCAACUGAGUCUCAAGCUAUACAUACAAAUGGACUUGUGUUGGUUCACACUGGAGGACACCAUCGAGAAAAUGCGGAUCCAUUUCGGGCGCAAAGACAAAGAGUUGUGGCCAGAGUUGGGCGCAUAUAUGGCCGGCGAGUUGUUGUGGGAAAUAUUGGAGGCCAUCACAUAUUUACACACAAUUAAGCCACAGAUAUUGCACCGGGAUAUAAAACCUACCAACGUGUUGUUAAAAGGUGGUGGUCCGGGCGCUCGGUUUGUCAAACUGACCGACUUCGGUGAGGCGGUUGAACAUAAAAGUGAGUCCCAAAGUCAUACCCAGCGAAUCGGUUCCGAUAAGUAUAUGGCGCCAGAAGUGAGAAAUGGCAGCAAAUAUGGCACUAAAGCCGAUAUGUAUAGCAUUGGUGUUACCAUUCAGAAGAUGUUUAAUUAUGACAUUUAU